GGCAGCUGCAGCCCGGCGCGCGCUUUUCAAAUUGUCCCCGACUUGCACGGAGAUGGAGGGGCGGCUGCUGAGGAGCCUCCCUGCACAGCAGGACUGCAGCAUACGAGAGAAAAUAGACCUAGAAAUCCGCAUGCGAGAAGGAAUAUGGAAGCUGCUCUCCCUGAGUACAAAAAAAGACCAGGUUUUACGUGCAGUUAAGAACCUCAUGGUGUGCCAUGCUCGGAUAGAGGCGUACACGGCGGAGCUCCAGAAGUUAGAAGAACAGAUUGCAAGUCAGACUGGAAGACGCGACGUGAACUGUGAGAGCAAAGAACGAAGACCCUGCAGAGGGAGGCUCGCCCUCUCAGAUAUCCGAAUCCCACUCAUGUGGAAAGACUCUGAUCACUUCAGUAAUAAAGAACGCACACAGUGCUACGCCAUCUUUUGUUUAUUCAGAAUGGGAGCCGAAGUGUUUGACACCGACAUGGUGAUUGUGGAUCAGACAGUCACAGAUAUAUGUUUUGACAACGUCACCAUAUUCCACGAAGCGGGCCCGGACUUCCGGAUAAAGAUCGACGUGUACAGCUGUGGUGCCGAGGACUCCUCCAUAACCAACACCCCCAAAAAGCUCGCUAAAAAGCUGAAGACAUCCAUCAGUAAAGCUGCAGGAAGGAAGAUAAGUUCCAUGCUCCAGGAAGAGAACCAAGAGGCGUGCCUGCUCGCCAGCCCCGUCGCGGGUGCGAAGUACCAUCUGCUAGCUCAUGCCACCCUGACCUUGGAAAGUGUGGGAGACUGCUUCAAGACCCAUAAUCUAUCUGUUCACGGCAAUGAGGACUGUUCCUUUUGGCUCCCCUUGUAUGGCAACGUGUGCUGCCGGUUAGUGGCCCAGCCUGCUUGUAUGGCCGAAGAUGCAUUUGCGGGAUUCCUUAACGAGCAGCAAACAGUAAAAGGUCUGGUUGGCUGGAGAAGGCUGUACUGUGCUCUGAGAGGGGGUAAACUCCACUGUUUUUACGGACCAGAAGAGAUUGAAGCGAAGGUGGAGCCCAUUCUGGUGGUUUCCAUUGACAAGGAAACCAAAAUUCAGGCCAUAGAGAAGGAUCCAAGGAAAGUCUAUCACUUCUCUAUAGUCAACACUGUGGCUGGGCGAGCCAUGACUCACGUCUUUGCCGCGGACAGCCUAGAAGACCUUCAGGAAUGGAUGGGCGCCUUCCGGCAGCAUUUCUUUGAUCUCAGCCAAUGGAAGCAUUGUUGUGAAGAACUUAUGAAAAUUGAGAUUAUGUCGCCACGGAAACCACCUUUGUUCCUGACAAAGGAGGCGACCUCCGUGUACCACGAUAUGAGCAUCGAUUCACCUGUGAAACUUGAAAGUUUAACUGACAUAAUACAGAAAAAAAUUGGAGAGACGAACGGACAGUUCCUCAUUGGUCAGGAUGAAGAAUCCGCACCACCCCCGUGGGCCGCAGUCUUUGAUGGCAACCACGAAAUGGUCAUCCAGAAGAAAGUGGUGUCCCCGGCAGGCCACCCGGCCCCUGAUGGGAAAAGGAAAAAGAGGCGAGCACCACUUCCUCCUACUGACCAGCCUCCCUUCAGCAUAAAGACACAAGGUGACACAGAUCAACCCAAGGACAGCAGGACCCAGGCCAGCAUCUCUGCAGCCUCGCCUUCAGAUCCCAGGCUGUCGUCACAAAUGCAUUCCUUCCAGAAACCAGUGGCUGCCCCUCGCAAACUUCCCCCUGCCAGGAAAAACAGUUCAGCUGAUGGUGAGCACACAGACACAAAAACCAGUUUAGAAGACAAGCCAGUGCCGGCUCCAAGGCAGAAAUCCAUCAGAGACAUUCUGGACCCUCGAUCAUGGCUGCAAACACAAGUAUAGACAGUCUCUACUGUCUAAAUCGAGCUGUAAAGCUCGGGUC